CUGAGUUCAGAUGAGAUAGAGGUAGAGAGGUCUGCAAAUUAGGUGGUUCACAGUCUUAGCACCAAAGGGGCUUUGCUGCUUCGAAAGUAAUUAAAGUAAGCCAUGGACAUCUCUCUUUUCUCUACCAAUAAAGAAGCAAACUUUCUGCAGCAGUACUCCAACCAGAUCAAGAUCAAUGGUCUGGCAGCCAUAGACAUGCAAAGCACCAACCAGCCCCAGAAUAGUCACACAUCAACAAGCCGUUCAUCGGGGUCCAGCGAGCCUUGCCCGGCCGGCACGAAAUGGGCAUCUAGGCUUCUCAUGGAGUGUGCAAGGGCAGUCUCAGAGAAAGACUCUUCUAAAAUCAAUCACCUUCUAUGGAUGUUGAAUGAGCUGGCUUCUCCUUAUGGGGAUUGUGAGCAGAAGCUAGCCUCUUAUUUUCUGCAAGCUCUCUUUUGCAAGGCCACAGACUCCGGUCUCCGAUGCUACAAAACCCUAACCUCUGUAGCUGAAAAGAGCCACUCCUUUGAUUCAGCCAGGAAGUUAAUACUAAAGUUCCAAGAGGUAAGCCCAUGGACGACUUUUGGCCAUGUGGCUUCAAACGGUGCUAUAUUAGAAGCCUUGGAUGGAGAGACCAAACUUCACAUAAUUGAUAUAAGCAAUACCCUUUGCACCCAAUGGCCUACUUUGCUAGAAUCUUUGGCCACAAGAAACGAUGAGACGCCGCAUUUAAAGCUCACGGUCGUGGUAACAGCGAACAUAGUCAAGUCGGUGAUGAAGGAAAUAGGCCAAAGAAUGGAGAAGUUUGCUAGGUUAAUGGGAGUUCCCUUUGAGAUUAAUGUGAUCAGCGGGCUAAAUAAUUUGGGAGAGCUCACAAAAGAGGAUCUAGGUGUUCAGGAGGAUGAGGCUAUUGCUGUGAACUGCAUUGGGGCCUUAAGAAGAAUUGAAGUUGAAGAAAGAGGGGCUGUGAUCCGAAUGUUCCAAUCGCUAAGGCCUCGAGUUGUGACGGUUGUUGAAGAAGAAGCAGAUCUUUUCAGCUCAUCAGUAAACCAUGACUUUGUCAAGUGCUUUGAAGAGUGCCUUAGGUUUUACACAUUAUACUUUGACAUGCUAGAGGAAAGCUUUGUCCCAACCAGCAAUGAAAGGUUGAUGCUAGAAAGGGAGUGCUCAAGAAGCAUAGUUAGGGUUUUGGGUUGCGAUCACCAUGAUCAUGAUGACAAAAAUGGUGGUGGGGAAUGUGAGAGAAGGGAGAGAGGAAGCCAAUGGUCUGAGAGGCUGAAGGAGGCAUUUUCGCCAUUUGGGUUUAGCGACGACGUUGUGGAUGAUGUCAAAGCAUUGCUAAAGAGGUAUCGAGCCGGCUGGGCGCUGGUACUACCACCACAAGGAGAAGAUAUUGAUCAAACAGGAGUCUAUUUAACAUGGAAAGAGGAACCUGUAGUAUGGGCUUCCAUAUGGAAACCUUCUAAUUAGCCACCAUUAUUGCUAAGUCUACAUUCAGAGUGAAGGGAAUUUGAAGAUCGCAUAGUAUAUGGAGUCCCCCUUUUUCUUCAAUAUUUAAUUUUCUUACUAUAUCAUGCAUAUGCC